AUGCAACCCGAUGGGCGAAACAACGAUACACAUCCUCCUUGCCCUGCGCCAAUGAUGGAAGACUCGACGUCUAUGGAUGAACAGCCGUUCAGAGGAACAGGCACACAUAUGGAAGAAAGCACACUCAAGAGGAAGGCCAGUCAAGAGGAAAGGCCGACGUCAAGGAAGGCCCGUAUCAGGAGGAACAGGUGUGGACAAGGACACAUACGCAGAGAGGGAAGAUCGACUUCCGACACCGACUCAACGCCUACACAGACGGACAUUGCGAGAGAGCGUGCACGUUCUAAAUUGUCGAUCUACUCAGUGCACCCGCCUAGAGAGUUCUCAACAUCCUCCCAGGGAUUAUACAGCCGACACGACCAUUAG